UUGUGUGUUUAUGCGUUUGUGCUAGCGCAGCCUACUCAUUCGCGUUCCACACCAUCCCGGUUGUUUUUCUUUCUGUAGUGAUUCUUCUACGGUUAUUCUUUCCCAUCUUCAGUUGGCGACGAUCGUGUCCUUAGUUGAGAGUGAAUAAUAAUUUCAAGGAAGGCGGGGAAGAAAAUAGCAAAAAAUAAAUAAAUCGGGUAGAAGUGUGUCCGGCAAAGGUGUUAGUGGUAGCAAAAUUCAAGAAUGUAUUGCAACGUAGAUAAAAGUCAGUCUACGGCCGGCGGUAGUGCUGGUAGUGGCAGUGUUCCUAGUGUAGGCGGAAACGUGAUGAUGAGCGGUGUGCUGGGAUUAAGUGGCAGCAUGGGUGGCGGAAGUGUGGGUGGUGGUGUCGGCGGUGGCGGCGGCGGAGGUGGCGGUGGUGGAAUUGUCGGAAUUGGUAGCGGAAAUGGUAACACUGUACCACCCAACAACAUGAAGAGUGCUAAAGAAGGAGUCACUAUGCGUGAGAAAAAAGGAGGUGCUCUGCAGAAGAUCAAAAAGCGGUUAUCGCACAGCUUCGGCCGAUUAUCCAUAUCGCGCGAGGAAAGCGACGACUCCACCCAGCAAAACAAUCACCACCAGCUUCCGCAUCACCACCACCAUCACCAUGGACAUGGUCACAAUCGUGGCGGUAAAGUGCCCUUCAACGGUUACACAUCCGAGGAGUACCUCGAUCGACUCGAACCAAACGGCAACAUCCCGGCCGAUAAGUCCUACAGCAAACAUUGGAACAGAGUAGGCGAUCACGAGCGAGUCCAUCGGCAGCUUUCGGUUUCGUCCGACAGCAAACUGCUCGACGACGACAUCCGGGAGGAAACACGUGUGAUAAUGCGACCUAAGAAGCCACCCCGACCCAAGUCCGAAGUGUUCCUGAACAAACACGACCCGCACCCAAGACGGAAACGGUUUAGUGCAUUCGGGGGUGACUCGCCAUUCGGAAAAUCGGAAGCUUAUAUCAAACUAGAACAACUCGGUGAAGGAUCCUACGCAACGGUAUUUAAGGGUUAUAGCAAUUUAACAAAUCAAGUGGUAGCGUUAAAAGAAAUCAGGUUACAGGAAGAGGAAGGUGCACCGUUCACGGCCAUCCGCGAGGCGUCCCUGCUGAAAGAACUGAAACAUUCGAACAUCGUGACCCUGCACGACAUCGUGCACACGCGUGAAACGCUCACGUUCGUCUUCGAGUUUGUGAACACCGACCUUUCGCAGUACAUGGAGAGGCAUCCGGGCGGGCUCGACCACCGAAACGUGCGGCUGUUUCUGUUCCAGCUGCUCCGAGGGCUCUCCUAUUGCCAUAAGCGUCGAGUGCUGCACCGGGACGUGAAGCCGCAGAACCUGCUCAUCAGCGAGAUGGGCGAGCUGAAGCUGGCCGACUUUGGGCUCGCGCGUGCCAAGAGUGUUCCGAGCCACACCUACUCGCACGAGGUCGUCACGCUAUGGUACCGGCCGCCAGAUGUUCUCCUGGGCAGCACGGAGUACUCCACCUCACUGGACAUCUGGGGCGUCGGGUGCAUAUUCGUCGAGAUGAUAACCGGCAUGCCGACGUUCCCCGGCAUCCGUGAUACGUACGAUCAGCUGGACAAGAUCUUCAAAAUUCUCGGCACGCCUACCGAGGACUCGUGGCCGGGCGUAACGCAUCUGCCGGGCUACAAGCUACAAAUGCUAGGCUUCUUCAAACCCCGCAAGCUGGGACUGAGCUUUCCACGGUUGUACGACAUCAACGAGGGCGAAACGAUGGCCACCUCGUUCCUGCAGCUGAACCCGGACAAUCGGAUAAGCGCGGACGAUGCGCUGCGCCAUCGGUACUUUGCCUCGUUGCCAAAAAAGCUCUACGAACUGCCGGAUGAACUGUCCAUCUUCACCGUGGAAGGUAUUUAUUUGCAUCCGGAGCCGAACCGCCACCACGCGCACCCGCGCACAUGAGAGUUAAGACAAAGCAAAACCCUAGAUGCAAUACGUUAUUAUUGUUAGUAGUUAAUGUGAUUGCCUGCGUUGCUGGCUAGCAGAGGGCGCAGAAGCUGAAUUCGACAAUUAUUUGCUAAGCCGAGUGCGGCUAGUAAAAGUAAUUCAAAGUGGCAGCCGAUCGACCGUUCGUCGGUGUUGGGUGGUGGACGCAAACCUCGAAAACAUCCAACCCUCACGUGCGUGCGACGACCCAUCAAAUAACCCCCCGUUCACUGGGCAGAGUCAGCAAGGGAAACUAUUGGAGAGGAGUGAAAAGAGGAUCAAUACAAGUUUUGUUUUCUACUGAAAGGCCAAGGACAAAGUUAGACCAGAACGGUUUGGGAGGGGGGUAGUCAUAGGAAAUGUUAAGGAAUCCCUGACAUCCACAGUGGAAUGUUUGGCUACGCAUCGGAAUAACCUCCAAACUAAAUAUAAACUAGAAACUGGAUACCCUUAAAAAUUCUUGCGGAAGAAACUCGAAGGGUCUCUGAGGCUUGCCUGAUGACCAAACGACGCCUCAUGCGCUUGACUGACAACGCAAAAAGCUAUCCUCCGGAAACCAAAAGUGAUGCUAAAGGAUGUGAUCAUUCGUGUACUGUCUCUUAUUGCUGCAUCGAUGUUUAUUCUCUGUUCACACAAGAUCAUUCAAAUAGUAUUACGAACAGUACGCAACAACAGGAAAAAACACAGUUGGCCGGGAGUCGUUUGGCAUCAUUGAAUUCAUUUUCCUUCAUCCCCUCCAUUCUGAAUCAAUCAAGGGAGAGAAAAUCACGAUCAAUGUUUUCGUUUAGUUUUGUGAAUGUUUUUCUAUAUUUUUUUUCCUUUUGUAACGCGAUAGUUCGAUACAAAACAUUGUACAAAACAGCUCUAGGUCCAAACAAAGGGUCAGCUACAAAUGAUCAUCAAUAGUGAGGGGCAAAAAACAUGCUUAACAUAAGCAAUUACGAUAUUAUUUUACACUAGCCACAGGAUUCUUGUAUCGAUAUGAGUAGGUUUUUUUUCAUAAUCAUGUUAUAUACCAAGCUAUUAUAUUUAGUUCAAACAUUUUAGAAAAAUCCCGUUCAUCAAAGUUUUGUUGAAUGAACUUAUAAAAUAACUAAACGAACGUUUUA